AUGGGUGUGCAGCUCCAUGCGAGUAAUGCCCACAUCCAGCUCUUUUUGCCACGAGCACUUGUGCCAUCACUGCACAGAUUUUCUCCAUUAAAUUCAUUACGAUCGUCUUGUAAUUCUGCAAAGUACAUUGGGCUUCGAACAGAAAAGGGAUUAAGAAAAAGGAAAUUGAGUGUAGUUGCAUCAUCAACUCCUUCUCUUAGUGACAUUUUUUGGCCUUCUGCAGGGGCAUUUGUUGCAAUGGCUAUACUAGGAAAGAUUGAUCAAAUUUUGGUACCAAAAGGUAUUUCCAUGACAAUUGCUCCCCUAGGUGCAGUUUGUGCUGUCCUCUAUGCCACUCCCUCGUCUCCCGGUGCCAGGAAGUACAACAUGUUCGUGGCUCAAAUUGGUUGUGCAGCUAUUGGUGUUUUGGCGUUCUCAGUAUUUGGUCCAGGUUGGCUAGCUAGGAGCGCGGCCCUUUCCGCGGCCUUAGCCUUCAUGAUUUUCACUCGUGCAGUACAUCCUCCAGCGGCAAGCUUGCCGUUACUGUUCAUCGAUGGAGUUAAGCUUCAUCAUUUGAAUUUUUGGUACUCUUUGUUUCCUGGUGCUGCUGGAUGCGUUAUCCUCUGUUUAAUUCAAGAGAUUGUAUGCUACUUGAAGGAGAAUUUUAAAUUUUGA